ACCUACUUACUUUCCUUUUUUUUUUUUUUUUAUUGAUGCACAAGAGGAAAGGAGGUCCAUCAUUCAUUCUUUCAAAUAAUACAUAUUCUUUGAUUCUGUAACCCUACAUUUCUUGUUUUAACCAAUCGGAAGGCUUUGUGAAUAUGCUUGUGAGCGCUUGAGUGAGAUCCCUUUUUCCCUCUGUCAUUCCGAAACUAAGCUAUAAGCAAAAUAUAAAUAUAAUAAAAGUGUGACGAAAUCCCUUUUCCCUCUCUCAUUCCGAAACCAGGGACCGGGCUACGCUCAAAAGUGAGUGUAGACGCAUGUUUCGUAUAUAUGCUGAAUAUAAAAUCCGUUAUGAGGAGCAUAACAAGUUAUACGAAACAAUGUACUUUAUAAACUUUAUAGUAUAAGGUAUACUACUAGUCAUUUCAGGAGAAGAAAUGUUUCAUGCGUUUGUUCAGAUACAGGUAACUCUCUGUAGUAUGCAAUGAAUAAUUUGGAAAAACAGUUAUUUUAAAGACACAUGUGCUCACCCACAUGAAACUGAGACCAUACAUCUGUGUAAUGUAUAACAAAGCAUUUUAAGAAAAGAAGUACUUACGCAUUUUUACACAGGUAUAUUUAAUAAGUAAUUUGGAGUAAAAAAUGCUUUAAAUAAACAGAUAUUUAUUUAAACAGGAAGAAACCUCAUGUAUGUGAGGUAUGUAAUCAAUGAUUUAAAUGAAAGAGAAAGGUAAUAAACAUGUUUAUUCACAUAGAAGGAAAAUCUUGUGUGUAACAUGUGUAACAAAUCCUUUAGAUUCAAAAGUGUUUUAAACAAUUGUAUUCUUAUUCACACUUGGAGAAACCAUAUGUGCAUGUGAAAAGUAAUUUAGAUUAAAGGGUUAUGAAAAGAAACAUUUGCUUAUUCAUACAGGAGAAAAACCUUAUGUGAGUGAGGUAUGCAAUAAUUCCUUUAGAUUCAGAAGUGCUUUAAACAGAAAUUUUCUUAUUCACACAGAAACCUCAUGUGUGUGAAGUAUGUAACAACUCAUUUAGAUACAAAAGUGCUUUAAACAACAUAUACUUAUUCACACAAGAGAAAAACGCUGUGAAUGUGAUUUAUGUAACAAGUCAUUUAGAGAAAAGUGCAUUUCAAACAAGGAUAUGCUUAUUCACACUGGAGAGAUAUCUCUUGUGUGUGGUAUGUAAAUUAUCAUUUAUAGGAAAACAUAAAUUAAUGAAGCAUAUGUUUAUUCGUAUAAGAGAGGAAUCUCGUGUGUGAGGUAUGUAAACAUUCCUAUACAUUCAGAAGUUCUAUAAUGAAACAUGUAUAUUCAUACAGGAGAGAAACCUCAUUUGUGCAAAGUAUGUAAUAAUCCUUUAUAUUGAGAAGUGUGUUAAGAAGCAUUUGCUUAUUCACACAGAAGAAAAACCUCAUGUGUGCAAGGUUUAGAUCAAAAGGUAGUUUAUACACGCUUAUGCUUAUUCAUACCGGGGAGAAACCUCAUGCAUGUGAGGUAUGUGACAAAUCAUUUAGAGGAAAAAGUGGUUAAACUACAGAUAUGCAUAGUCACAUAGAAGAGAAACCUCAUGCAAGUGAGGUAUGUAACAAGUCAUCUGGAGAAAAAAUUGUUUUAAAUGAACAUAUGCUUAUUCACAAAGGAGGGAAACCUGAUGUUUGUGAGGUAUGUAACAAGACAUUUAGAGAAAAAAGUGCUUUAAACAAACAUAUGCUUAAUCAUGCAAAAAGGAAACCUCAUACCUGUGAGCAAUGUAGCAAGUCAUUUAGAUACAAAGGUCAUUUAUUUGGGCAUAUGCUUAUUCAUACCGGCGAGAAACCUCAUGUGUGUGAAGUAUGUAACAGGUCAUUUAGAUUAAAACCUCAUUUACUCGGGCAUAUGCUUAUUCAUACUGGGGAGAAACCUUUUGUGUGUGAGGUAUGUAACAAGUCAUUUAGAUUAAAAAAUCAUUUGUUUGGGCAUAUGCUGAUUCAUGCUGGGAAGAAACCUUAUAUGUGUGAAGUAUGUAACAAGUCAUUUAGAGAAAAAAGAAGGUCUUUAAAUAAACAUAUGCUUAUUCACACUGGAGAGAAACCUUAUAUGUGUGAAGUAUGCAACAAGUCAUUUAGAGAAAAAAGUGAUUUAAACAAACAUAUGCUUUUUCAUACAGGAGAGAAACCUUACGUGUGUGAGGUAUGUAAUAAGUCAUCUAGAGAAAAAAGUGAUUUAAACAAACAUAUGCUUAUUCAUACAGGAGAGAAACCUCAUGUGUGUGAGGUAUGUAACAAGUCAUUUAGACUAAAAGGUGCUUUAAACCGACAUAUGCUUAUUCACAAUGAAGAGAAACCUCAUGCUUGUGAGGUAUGUAAAAAGUCAUUUAGAGAAGAGAAAGCUUUAAAUAAACAUAUGCUUAUUCACACAGGAGAAAAACCUUAUGUGUGUGAUGCAUGUAAUAAGUCAUUUAGAGAAAAAGCAUCUUUAAAUAAACAUAUGCUGAUUCACACAGGUGAGAAACCUCAGGAACAGCUUUAGUAUUCUUCCUUUUGGCGACAAACUUUUGUCAUCACGGCAGACCCAGCUUUGACGGAAAAAUGGCGGAUCAUCAUCAAAACCCGUCAAGGAUAAAUAUAUCUGAACCAAAUGACAAUCCUAAAAAAUAAGCUCUUGAUUAGAAUAGUGGGGAAAAAAAAAAAGCUAUUUCUAAUUUUCAAUACUAAGUGCUGCUAAGACAAAUUGUUGAAACACUGCUAAAAAUGAAUCUUAUGUUAUCAGUAAUGAAAUUUACAAAAGGUUAAUAAAUGUGUUUAAAGCUAGUACAGUCAAAAGUCGUUAAUCCGGACUCGUCGGGACUUUGGCGAUUCCGGAUUCUCGAUUUUUCCGGAUUAUAGAUCAUCAGU